GAAUACAGGGAUUAUUAUUCAAUCACAUUUUAUCUAUUUAGGCUUCUGGUUUCAUUCUUCUAUAAUGGCCUCGUCCAUUUUUACACUCUCCUGUAUUCUACUUGUGCUCCUUUCCUGCUCUGCUGCCAAUGCUCAGCUUUCUCCCAACUUCUAUGCCAACUCCUGUCCUAACCUUCAAACCAUCGUGCUAAAUGCAAUGACCCAGGCUGUUAAUAGAGAGACUCGAAUUGGCGCCUCUAUUCUCCGUUUGUUCUUCCAUGACUGCUUUGUUAACGGUUGUGACGCAUCCAUAUUGCUGGACGACACAGCAACGUUCACAGGCGAAAAGAAUGCAGCGCCAAACCGAAACUCAGCUCGAGGUUUCGAAGUGAUUGAUACCAUAAAGACUAGAGUUGAAGCUGCAUGCAAUGCCACUGUUUCUUGUGCAGAUAUCUUAGCACUUGCAGCUAGAGAUGGUGUAGUCCUGCUUGGAGGACCUUCAUGGCAAGUAACCCUCGGGCGGAGAGAUGCAAGAACAGCCAGCCAAAGCGCAGCCAACAACCAAAUCCCGUCACCAGCCUCCAAUCUCGCGGCUCUUACCUCGUCCUUUGCUGCCAAAGGCCUAAACGCCAGGGACCUAACCGCGUUAUCUGGUGGUCACACAAUAGGCCUAGCUAGAUGCACAACAUUUCGCGGUCGCAUUUACAAUGACACCAACAUUGAUCCAAAUUUUUCAGCCAGCAGACGGGCUAACUGCCCUGCUUCUGGUAGUGACAACAAUUUGGCUCCUCUGGAUAUACAGACUCCAGCCAGGUUCGACAACAAUUAUUUCCGUAACGUUGUGGCUCAAAGAGGGUUGCUUCAUUCAGACCAGGAGCUCUUCAAUGGAGGAUCACAGGAUGCACUUGUUCGGACUUAUAGCACCAAUCCUUCUACUUUUUCUAGUGAUUUUGCUGCGGCCAUGGUGAGGAUGGGAAACAUUAGUCCUCUUACUAGGACAAGUGGGGAGAUCAGAAGGAACUGCAGGGUGGUCAACUGAUUUUUACAACCACUUUAUUGGUUCUCAAAAUCCAAUUACUGGUGAUUCAAAAAGUUUGUUGCAUUCAGUUUAAGACCAUAAUUGUCAAAUAUUGAAAGGAGAGUAGUCUUGGGAGUUCUUUUUCUGACCCUUUUCGAAAGGAUGCUAUUAUGAAAUCUUAUUUCCUUGUAUUUUUGUAGUGUUGUUUCCCAAACACUAGUUACUUGUUAGGAAAAAACCUGUGUGUUUAUGCAACAAAGAAAAAAUCUUUUUGUUUUUUUAUUUUUUAACAAUAUUAAUAAACCUUCUUUUUAGA